GCUAUGGACCCAGCAGUCAACCCGGAGCUGGCCUUCUUUGGUGAUGCCAGUACGGAUGCCGCAAGCGCUGAGAUAGAGGCCGACUCUGCAGGCGACAUUGUCUCGUCGUAUUCGAGCAUAUAUCUGGACUCUUUGGCCAGCUCAAUCUGCUUCGUCAGGUUGGUAUCUGCAUUGGCAUUGAUGGCGCCGAGCAUGCCCUUGUUGAUGCAACUCCCCGGGGCACCACAGUAGAAGAAGAUUGGAUCGGUAUUGUUGUCGAUCGUGAGAUUCCAAGUGGGGUGAGGCUUGCUCGUCGGUCAGCACCCCCCAAACAAUGCUCGGCUAUAAUAGCUGUGCUCUCGAGUAGCAAGACGAUAGUAGGGUAGUAGGAGUCUCCAGACCUACCGUGCCUUCAUUAGUAAUAGGGAAGAAGCCUAUCCGUUGAGUUAGCAACGUCGCAGUCGCAUUUUCGAGAGCC